AUAUCUCUGGUCUCUCUCUCUCUCUCUUUCUCACACACACACACGAUCCAAUGACGACGAGCAACAACGUGAACGGAUGUUUCGGAGACACGAAGCUGACCAAAGUGUUCGUAGGAGGAUUGGCUUGGGAUACUCACAAAGAAGCAAUGUAUGAUCAUUUCAUCAAGUAUGGUGACAUCUUGGAGGCAGUCAUCAUCUCCGACAAACUCACUCGCCGUUCCAAAGGAUACGGCUUUGUGACUUUCAAAGAUGCGGAAGCUGCCACGAGAGCUUGCGAAGACUCUACUCCGAUCAUCAAUGGCCGCCGUGCCAACUGCAAUCUCGCCUCCCUCGGUGGCCGCCUUCGUAAAUCCCCUACCAUGACCUCUCCUCAACAAGGAACAAAAAAUGGUAACAGGGCCACGCCACCACAUGUUGGAAAUCAUUCUCAAUGGUACUAUCCGUCCGGUUUCACAAACCAGCAAUAUCAACUUCAACAACAACACCAUCAUGAUCAUCAAGCCGUUCCUUUCUAUGGGUACCCUUCCUCCUACGUUGCCCCGAACAUGACCUUCAAUCAAAAAGUUGGAUAUGUCGGAGGAACCUAUAUGAACGGAUACUAUGCACAAAUGCAACCACAACCGCAAUCGCAGCCGCAACCGCAAUAUUACCAGCAUCACAUGUAUGGUGGAGGGCGAGUUAUGGUUGGGGCAGCAAGUCCAAUGGUGCCUUUCUACACUGUCUAUCCUUAUCAUCAAUCUCAAGCCAUCGGGUUUCCACCACCUUCCUUUUCGAAACCCCUUUCUUUUUCCACUCCUCCCAUAUCAGGCACAGUUGGAGGAGAGAGCAUACAGAAGAAGGCCAUACAUUGAUAGGCUACAAGCUGUUGAUCAAAUCAUCAAAUGACUCAGCCAAAACUUAAUUCAUUUUCUCCAUCUCACUAAGCUUUAUUUUUUUACCGGAGACAUGUAUUUUUAAUAAUUCAAUUUCGUUACA